AACGGUGCGUAACACGAUAUUAGGUUACUAUUUUGGAGCUCAUGGUUGGGGAAUUGGCAUUGGGACCUGGAAUACGCGGCGUUGUGUGAUCUGAGUGUUGAAUUAAGGAGAGGUGAAUUGAAGAAGAUCUUGGACAACAGCCGCUUUUAGGUUAUUGGAGAAGGAGACGCCGACGUUCUCGAUUUGUGGAACGCUUUAGAGCUUGAAGCUUCUGCAGUACAUCUCGUCUGACCAUAUGCUCUACCUGUAACCGUCCCAUUCCUCUUAUCCAUUUCCAACCGAGAAUUUUGAUUAUCAGCUUAGUAGCGCAAAGAAGGAAGCAAACAUGUCUGGUGGACCUACACUGGAGACUCUGGUCGAUCAACAAAUUUCGGUUAUAACGAACGAUGGACGCAAUAUCGUGGGAAUUCUUAAAGGCUUCGACCAGGCUACAAACAUCAUUCUCGAUGAAUCUCAUGAACGUGUUUUCUCCACAAAGGAAGGUGUUCAGCAACUUGUGUUGGGCUUGUACAUAAUCAGAGGCGACAACAUAAGCAUUGUCGGGGAAGUAGACGAAGAUCUUGAUACAAGUCUUGAUUGGUCAAAUCUGAGAGCUCAUCCUCUGAAGCCUGUCAUCCAUUAGCAUAGAUGGAGCUGUUGUAUUGAUCAUAUAUUAGAGGUAUAUGGAUGGGAUGGGUAAUUCAGUUAAAUGUUUUGUGUAACGUUGAUGAACCCACUCAUAGUCAAAGGAUGAAUGCUUUGAAACUGAAUAUUAAAGACAAGAAUUCCAACAGUUGCAGAUU